UGACGAGAGCGAACCCCGAAACUAACUAUGGUUAAUAAUAACGGUUAGUUGGAACAAGCCAGCCUGGAGUUAGAUGAGCCGGAAACGUGAAAACCCCUAAACCUGAUCCGCCGCUGGCUGGCAAAAUGGCAAUUACGCUUUAAACAGUGGUUACCUUGGGUUAGAGAGAGUAACCAUUUCUGGCUCCCCGCCUCUCUAUAUAACAACCUGAUUUUCGGAAACCCUUUCUUCCCCAUCUCCAAAGAGGAACGAAAGGCGUCUUGAUAAACGCCCUUCUCCUGUUCUCCCUUUCGUCGUUCUAGCUCUUCGCCUCCAAUUCCCUUCUUCCAGAUUCUUGCUUCCGUAACCCUACCAAAAUGAGAGAGUGCAUCUCCAUCCACAUCGGUCAAGCCGGUAUCCAGGUCGGAAACGCUUGCUGGGAGCUCUAUUGCCUUGAGCAUGGCAUUCAGCCAGAUGGCCAGAUGCCGAGCGACAAAACCGUCGGCGGAGGAGACGAUGCCUUCAACACCUUUUUCAGCGAAACUGGUGCAGGGAAGCACGUUCCUCGCGCUGUGUUCGUCGAUCUUGAGCCCACCGUCAUCGAUGAGGUGAGGACUGGAAGCUACCGCCAGCUCUUCCACCCCGAGCAGCUCAUUAGCGGCAAGGAAGACGCCGCCAACAACUUCGCUCGUGGCCACUACACAAUUGGCAAGGAGAUCGUUGACCUGUGCCUGGACCGCAUCAGGAAGCUGGCUGACAACUGCACUGGACUCCAAGGUUUCCUGGUCUUCAAUGCCGUCGGUGGAGGUACUGGAUCCGGUCUCGGAUCUCUCCUUUUGGAGCGUCUCUCUGUUGACUACGGAAAGAAGUCCAAGCUCGGAUUCACUGUUUACCCAUCUCCUCAAGUGUCUACCUCUGUCGUGGAGCCCUACAACAGUGUCCUCUCAACUCACUCCCUCCUUGAGCACACUGAUGUUGCUGUUCUUCUUGACAACGAAGCCAUCUAUGAUAUCUGCAGGCGCUCCCUUGACAUUGAGCGCCCGACUUACCAGAAUCUGAAUCGCCUCAUCUCUCAGGUUAUCUCAUCCCUCACUGCCUCUCUGAGGUUUGAUGGAGCUCUCAACGUGGACGUGACCGAGUUCCAGACCAACUUGGUCCCAUACCCGAGGAUCCACUUCAUGCUUUCCUCCUAUGCACCAGUCAUCUCUGCCGAGAAGGCAUACCAUGAGCAGCUCUCCGUUGCCGAGAUCACCAACAGUGCCUUCGAGCCUUCAUCCAUGAUGGCCAAGUGCGACCCACGCCACGGGAAGUACAUGGCCUGCUGCCUUAUGUACCGUGGUGAUGUCGUCCCCAAGGAUGUGAACGCUGCUGUGGCGACCAUCAAGACCAAGCGCACCAUCCAGUUUGUUGACUGGUGCCCUACCGGGUUCAAGUGCGGUAUCAACUACCAGCCGCCGACUGUUGUCCCUGGAGGUGACUUGGCCAAGGUGCAGAGGGCUGUGUGCAUGAUCUCCAACUCCACCAGUGUUGCUGAGGUGUUCGGCCGUAUCGACCACAAGUUUGAUCUGAUGUACGCCAAGAGGGCCUUCGUUCACUGGUACGUGGGUGAAGGUAUGGAGGAGGGUGAGUUCUCUGAGGCUCGUGAGGAUCUGGCGGCCCUGGAGAAGGAUUACGAGGAGGUCGGUGCCGAGGCUCCUGAGGAUGGCGAGGAUGAAGGAGAUGAGUACUGAGAAAGGAAGGAACAUGGCAAUUUGCUGCUAUUGUGCUGUCUUGUUAUGUGUGAUUGUUGAUGGUGGUUGUUCAGACUGAAUCUGUGAUGUGUGGUUUUCUGUUGUGGUGGUUUUGCCCAGACAUUUUAGCGGCAUUGAUGGCAUUAUCUCUGUCUGUGGUUGCUUUUAUAUUUGCGGUUUAAUCAAGUGGAGCGUAUCCUAUGUUUUGUUAUUUUGCAGUUUCGAUUUAUUUGGAUUAUAUGUCUAAUAUCCUUGUUAUUUCCGCGAAGUUUACUUUACCGUAUUCUUGCUCAAUGAGCGUAAAACGGUUAUCUGAUUUCUUAUCCCCUUCGUUUGUUCAGUUCAUGCAAAGCCUGGAUCGAGUUAAUUUCUUUCAUCUGCCGUCUCGUGGAACAAACUUGAAACUCUCUUUAAAAUUGGCCGACUCAGAACUAAUUUGCGAACCUUUAUAUCCAUUGCAAGCCGAUUUUUGGGUACCUUUGCUUUACAAAGAGGUACUAACUUUAGAAUAUUCUGGAUCCAAACACAAUACAUAGGCGUGCUAGAGCAAUCGGUUGAUUACAAACCAUGCUUGAGGAACAAGAAACAGGCGCCCUAGAGCAAUCGGUUGAUAACAAAUCAUGCUGGAGAUAUACAAAAAACAACAAAACAUUGAGUAAUAUUCACCAUCAAAGGAGCUGAGCACUUGACCCAAACACGAAAUACAUAGAAUCCCUCCCGAUUUUAAACCAAUCAGAGUAACAAGAUCAGAAUCAGCUGGGAGCUAUCACAACGAAGUCCAUGGCGAUUGAGCACAACAGCGCCAUAUGGUGCAUCCUGAUGAUUGCUCAAAGACAUCCAUCACAGUGAACCUUGGAAUCGAGAUAACAUGGCGGUGGACAAGGAUGUGAAACGAAUUGCUUCGAGCUGAAGAGGCAGAGGGAGUUGAGGCAGAGAGAUUGGGUCCAAGAGAGCAGAAGGUCUGAACCGAGCCAUCAAAUUUCGUGGAAUACAUUGAGCAACCGCCACACCUAUACAGAGAACUCUACCCUACAUGUUCUGACGACCUACUAAGUAGCAGGCCAGAGGAAGUCGGAAAGGAAAAGCAGAGAAUGACUUCACCAAAAAUGAUGAACCACUAGAAGGGGAAAUCCAAUCGCGCCACAGAUCGAAACAAUGAUCCUAAGUUGCUAACUCUAGAUCCCAAGAUGAACAAGCCCAAAACCGAACGAAGAGCAACAAUUCAAUUGGAGAGAAAAAAGAAAAUAGGUUACGUCGGUUGAAGAAGGGAGCAAGAUUGAAAAGUUCGAGGGAAAAACGUAUAGAACAUGAAAGAGGAGCAUGAGCAUGGAAAGAUUGAAAAAACAAAAAGACCCCGAGAAAGCCCCUGAAAAUGAAAGAAGAGAACUUGAGUUAGAUAGAAGGGGGAGCCAUAUUUGAAUUAAACCUAGAGAGAUAGCAAUGAGACUAUAUAUAAGUCAGUCGUAAUAAAUGCUUUACUUAUGUACCCAACCAAAUCCUACCUCACAAGUCACAAGUCACACAAUGUCCUGAUCUCUUUUUGCGUACCAUUACUUGAAGGUUAGUUUAUGAUAUCUUUCGUUAAUAGUACAAAACUAAAAACUUAUCUAUCUGCAUUCAUUAGUUAGUGAGCACUUUUACUAUGCUAUAUAGUAUUGGUGCUUUAAUGUACAACUUAAAGUUGUACCAUAACAUUAAAUGUAUAAUUUUAGGUUGUACCAUAAAGCAAUUUGUACCAUUAUGUUAUGGUACAACUUUACAACUUGAAAUUGUACCAUCACAUAAAGGUACAAGUUCAAGUUGUACCAUAAAAAAAUUUGUACAAAAAGUAUAGGUACAAUCUGAAGUUGUACCAUAACAUAAACGUACAAUUUUUAG